GUUUUUCUAGCCUGCUUCUCCUUCACCUCUUGUUGUCAAUAUUUUACAAACUUAAAAAAAAGCGAAGUCGUCGUUUUUCCAAAGCGUAAUACGACCGAAAGCAAAUUUUUCCUCAUCUCUCUCUCUCUCUCUCACUCGCCGUUUCAUGUGUUAGUUGUUACCUGCGAGAGGAGCAAAAGAAGCCCUAGGUUUGUAAAUCUGGUGCUUGAAAUCGUUUCUCUUACUUGUUUGCACCUCCAGAUCCUUUGGUUUUUGUUUUUUAACACUGAGGAUUGAUUUCUGAGGAUCUACUGUUAUGGCCGGUCGGUACGAUCCCAAUCCUUUCGAGGAGGAAGAAGAAGUUAAUCCAUUCGCAGAUCCAGCUGCUAGGGGUAAAGCAUCAGGUCAAUCACACUAUGGUGGAGGUGCAUUUUUUACAACAAAUCCUGGAAGUGUUCCUUCUGCCACAAAUUCAAGGCUUUCGCCUCUUCCACCUGAGCCUGCAGAUUUUAACUAUGGCCGUGGUGCAACAGUUGAUAUUCCUCUUGGUACAGAAAAGGAUUUAAAAAAGAAGGAGAAGGAGCUUCAAGCUAAGGAGGCUGAAUUGAGGAAGAGAGAACAGGAACUAAAAAGGAAGGAGGAAGCUGCUGCGCGAGCUGGAAUUGUUAUAGAGGAGAAAAACUGGCCGCCAUUCUUUCCCAUUAUUCAUCAUGACAUUGCAAAUGAAAUACCAAUCCAUCUACAAAGGCUGCAGUAUGUUGCAUUUACAACACUUUUAGGGUUGUUUGCUUGUCUUUUAUGGAAUAUAGUAGCAGUUACCACGGCCUGGAUUAAAGGAGAGGGUGUAAAAAUCUGGUUCCUAGCUAUUAUCUAUUUCAUAUCAGGGGUUCCAGGGGGCUAUGUGCUAUGGUACCGCCCUCUUUAUCGUGCUAUGAGGACUGAAAGUGCUUUGAAGUUUGGGUGGUUCUUCCUGUUUUACUUGCUCCACAUUGGUUUUUGCAUCUUUGCUGCAGUGGCACCUCCUAUUAUUUUCAAAGGGAAAUCUCUCACGGGUAUACUGCCUGCAGUUGAUCUCAUAAGUGGCAAUGUUUUGGUUGGGAUCUUUUACUUCAUUGGAUUUGGACUGUUCUGCGUUGAAUCGAUGAUCAGCAUCUGGGUCAUUCAGCAAGUAUACAUGUAUUUCCGAGGUAGCGGUAAAGCUGCAGAGAUGAAGCGUCAGGCUGCAAGGGGAGCCAUGAGGGCAGCCAUAUGACAUGGCAUGAGAUAGUUGGAACAAAGCAUGAUAUAGAUAUGGCAGAUGGAUGGAUUGGAUGUGCCCUCAGCCGCAAGGGAGCAGAUGGAAAAAUUUCAUGUGUUGGCUGGGUCGUUUUCUUCGUAUGUUACAUAGCUUGUUUUGUUUUUUAUUCUUUAUGUUGUUUCUUAGGGUAUUAUCAAAGGACUUUGAUGUAAACGGGGGGGUUGAUAGGAACUUGAUGGAAGCAGAGUAUACUUUGAAUUUAUAUUGGAGGAAGUGCAGAUUGCGGCUUCAGUCAUUCUUGACAUGUUUGUAUGGUUUGUAUUUGUUGUUUAUAGAAAUCUUCGUCUGAUCAUUGUAUUUUCAA